AUGGAUUCUGCUAAACCAUUCGUCAGCUUUGACGUAAAUACUUACGGAAGUGUAGAAAACGAGAGGAAACAACGUAUUGCCAUUAUUGGAGCUGGAGUAUCUGGUUUGGCGGCUCUCAAACAAUGUCUCGCUGAUAACUUGGAUCCGGUGUGUUUUGAACAGGAUCCAGCUAUUGGUGGGCUAUGGAGAUACGUAGAAGUUGACGAAAAGAAUCCUGAUCCACACUCGUCAAUGUAUAGAUCGGCAAUUAUGAAUACGAGCAAAGAGGCGACAUGUUUCUCUGAUUUCCCAAUUCCAACAAAUUGGCCGACUUAUUUGCCGCAUAAACUUCUACAACAAUACUUGGAAUCGUACGCCGAAAACUUUGAUCUUUACUCAUACAUCAAGUUAAACACCAAAGUCAUCAAAGUCUCUCAAUUAUCUGAUAAUCGCUGGAAAGUCAAAUACCAAUCAAAUGAAACAAUCACGACUACAGAUACCGAUAUAAAUGAAGAAGAAUUCGAUUAUGUGAUCGUAUGCUCUGGCAAAGAGCGUGCUAGUUGGAUUCCUAAUUAUCAAGGAAGAGAUACUUUUGGCGGGAAACAGAUACAUUCACAUAUUUAUCGAGAUCCGAAACAGUUUGAGGAUAAGCGUAUUGUAGUUGUGGGUACUGGAAAUAGUGGAAUAGAAAUAGCCAGUGAAUUGUCACAUUUCGCAUCACAAGUGUAUUUAUGUGCAAGAGAUGGGCGCAUUCCAUGGGUUGUACCUCGUCGACUUUUACAUGGUCUACCACUUGAUCACAGCAUGACACGUAUCAGCUCAUACAUUCCGACCAAAAUAAAAAACAUUAUGUUCGAAGGCCUGUUAAAUAAACUAUCCGGUUCACCCCCACCCGAAAUUAAACCAAAAAUCCCAUUACAUAAAUCAAUAAUCUCUGUGUGCUCUGAAUUUCGGGAACGACUCGAUACCGGCACAAUCAUCCCGAAAAAAAACAUCCGUGAAUUGAAACCAAAUCGCGAAAUAGAAUUGAUAGAUGGCACUACUUUGGAGGACAUUGAUGCAGUGAUUUAUGCGACCGGGUAUUCGAUGGAGUUUUCGUUUUUGGAGAAUUGGACAGAAAUUUUCAAUGGUGGUAAAGAUUUCGUAGAUGACCAAGGACCGGAUAGUAAGAAUUGGCAUGCGGCGUGGUUAUAUAAAAUGGUUUUUCCGCCUCGGUAUCAGAAUAUUGCGUUCAUAGGGUUUGUGUUUUCUACGGGUGCAGUCUUGCCAGUAAGCGAGAUGCAAGCACGAUAUGUAACAGGACUAAUCAUAGGCGAAGUAAAACCUUUACCAUCACCCGAAGAAAUGGAUAAAGCAUUAUCUUCACAGACCGACUGUCCACGUCUAGAAAGCCCAAAACAUCCUUUAAUCCUAACACCAAUCACACCGUAUCUUGAUUUUCUGGCAAAAGAUAUCGGAUGUUUACCCUCCCCAACAAAAGUUUUUUGGCAUUUCGGAUAUAAGGCCUGGAAAAAUGUUUUGUUUGGUGUGCCAAGCGCUAUUCAGUAUCGGUUGUUUGGAAGACAAACGUGGGCGGGAGCUCUUGAAUGGCUUGAUGUUCACAAUGGAGGGACGUUUGCUCCUAUUUAA